GGAAGCUUUCACAACACAACUUUGGAUUCUGCCUGUCGCCAAGCACGCGUACAUCGGCGCCCUGUUCAUGAACUCAAAGGGCGGAUGCCAGAUCUGGUUAACCCACCUGGCAGCCACCCACAGCGUCGACGUCGCAAAUCUCAAGGACAAGAUCACAUGGGAAGAGUUAACACGGUUGUGGAAGAAGAAGUUCAUCAUCGACGACGCACCUGCACUCGCCAUCAACCGUCUCUUCACCAUGACUCAAGGCAGCACUGGAACACAUGACUGGCUCACGGAAUGGCAGAAGAUCGCGGCAACGCCCGGUCUUGACUUACCAUUUCCGCAUCUGCGCCAUGAGUUCUACAACAGGUUAUGCGCUGCAUUGAGCCAGACACUUGGUGAUCGCGAGCAGUAUGCAACUUUCGCCGAGAUUAUUGACAAGGCAAGAGAGAUCAUCAAGACCAACGGGGCGGCUGCACACGAGAAGUCAGCGUGGCAGCCAACGGACAUGAUGCAGAGAAAGUACAGGCUGGGAGAUGGCUUGCUAACCAUGGCGGAUUUGGAGGCCAUGAACAAGGAUGACUUCUCCACUAUUAGGGCGUUUGUGCACGAGUUUAAAAGGAAGGCGCGGAAGGUGCACGGGAUCUCCGAAGAAACGCAGUGUGCCAUAUUUUUGGGUCUGCUUACUGGCUCUGAGGUCUCGGAGCUGACGGGUCACGGAGGGGGAAAUGAGAAACUCACCUGGGCCACUAUUGACAAAGGGGUGGAAGAGGGGAGCCUGAACCAGGUGGAGCAGCACCAGAGGGGCGGGAAGGGCACGCGGCCACGACAGGGGCCUCAGGGAGCAUCAGGAGGGGAUGACUCGCGCAUGUCGGUUGGGAGCGAGUCUACGCCUAUCUUCGACGACGGUAACAUAGUGCUUUUUCUGGACUCCUACCAGGUACAUGCGACACGAGAGGGCUGGUCUACCUUGGAGAGGAUACGACACUUGAGAGGAGUUGGGCACUUUGAGGAGCCUAUUGCGCACAUCCGGGAGGAGGCCGUGACCUGGCAGGAUAUGGAGGCGAGGAUGCAGAUGCUGAGGGCUUCGCCGAUGGAACCGGAUGGAUUGCCUAUUCGAUUGGAGGAAGGCAAUGUGGAGGAGUUCAUCCCGGCCUAUGAGCAGUAUAUGUGCGACCAGAGGACUGCGCAGGAGGAGUGGAUGCAGAUGCUGCCCCUGUGGACACGGAGGGCGGAGAGGUCGCUGGCAAGGCAGAUCCGGGACAGGGCACACGACUGGGAGGACUGCCAGGCCCAGUUGAGACAGGCAUUUCGACGACUGGAGCCCGAGAGACCAGAGCCCAGGGUGGAGAGACGACAAAGGAGUAAGAGCUCACGGGGCCCAGAGGCGAGAGGGGCCACUACGACCAGAGGUGGCCGAAAGGCCUUGGCACAACGAGAGGGGCUAGCAGAGGCCGCCCAGGCGGUCGAGCUUGUUCAGGCCGCGGGGCCAGCUCAGGCGGCGGAGCUACUCCCUACCUAUGGACUCGAGCAGAUGGAGUUCCGCCGAAUCACGGGCAGUGAUCUACGGGGCCCGUCGCCGACGUUACCAAAAGGGGGGGGGGGGGKGCCGUUCAGGACGCCGCUCGACAGGUUGGAGGCUCAUCUCGAUGCAUCCCAGUGGGGGGCGUCACAACUGGGAGCGGACCAGAGCGGACCGACACGCGAGGAGAUGUUGGGGCCUCCAUCGGAAGCUACUAUGCCACCACCGGCGCAGGCGGAGCCAGAGGGGGGCGAGAGGACGAGGACACCUACUACUGUGGCGCCGCAACCAACUGAGUCUACAGAUGCACGUAUGAAUGUGGAGGUGCCGACAUCCGGGGAGCCUCCGCCAGAGCCGCCAUCCGCAGAGGGGGGGACAAGUGAGGGAGAUCUACUGCGAGAGGGUCACGAGGCGAUGAUAGAGAAGCCACCAGGGGAGACGAGAGAAGAGAAGCGCGUGAGGGUGCAGGUACGCCUCGAGGAGCUAUACCAGGAAAAACUUAGGAUGGAGGCCGCAGGGGAAGCGCCAAAGCCGCCAAUUGACCCUCCGACGAGCGAGCAGAGGAUUAGCGAGGCUUGGGCCAGCUAUGAGACUGAGAGGGACGCUGCUCGUUUGAGAUCGCGAGAGGUAGGACAGGAGAAUGCGGGGGUGGACAAGGCACGAGAAAUAGAGGACUUGGGAUUUUUAGCCACCAGGAUGGAGAUUGAGCUUGCGGACAGGAGGAUAUGUGAGGUGGCAAUCUCAUCCUUUCAGCGGUACUCCAUGCUCAGCGAUGAGUUGGCGGCCUCGAGGGUAGAAGUGGGACAGUUGUCCUCCCAGUUGGCGGAAGAGAGGGUAGAGAACCAGGCGUGGAGGACCCGCAUGGAAGCCAAGGAGGCAGAGUGGGAGAAGAGGCUUCAGGACAUGGCGGCGAUGGUAGAAAGGCUCUCGGCCACUAAGGUGGUCGACUGGACGGAGCAGAACCGGUAUGGUAUUCAGGGGAAGGAGGUACAGGGGCUCUUUGGCCAAGAAGGAACAAUGGAGACGCCACAGCAGGAGGGAAUGGGGAAGGUAUUCAUGGACCCAGCAGAGGCGGCAGCGAGGCGGGAGGCCGAGGAGAGGAGGUUCAGCUUCAGGACUCCCACGGAGUUGGCCUCGCAACAGAUCACCCCUAUGACGAUUGAGAUCCCUGAGGGCAAGCCGGCGCAGGGACCCCAACCUCCAGUGGAGGAAGGGGGCCCCACAGAGGAGUCCCCACGAUCCUUUUGGAGGUACAGGAGGGUGCCCUUACGGGAGCAGCAUCAUCCACUGAGCCGGAGGCAAUGGGGGGAGGGGCGUCUCGACUGGAUGAGUUAGUGACAGCUAUGGAGCUGGACAUGCCGUCAGGAAAGCCUCCGAGGCAGAAGACCCCAGAGCGUGUGUCAGUGAUAGGGGAGCUGAGGACGCAGUUAGGCUCU